UAACUGUAAGGUGGGACUUCCUUUGUACAUGACCGUUGGGCGCUCAGAGCUCCUUGGUUGAUCGCUCCAAUGGCUCCCAUUUAUUUGAAUAGAAGUGGCCCAUUUCUGCUAAAUAUUCUCUGGUUCAACUGAACGAGACAGAAACGCGCCAUAGCAGAUCCUCGUGUCUCUGGCGCUCUCCAGUGGCUCAACUGAAAAGCGCAAUUUGUCACAUUUUUGGAGUGACUGGCUUACCGUAGAACUGGGCUGGAGGGCGAGUAAACGUGGAAUGGAAUGACUUUUGUUGUGCUAGGAUCAGAGUCUGAUAUCUGAAACUUAAAACAGGAGAAACAUCUUCACGGACUAUAUCAUGUUGGCUGAUGUGAGGACACUGAGCAUUGAGACAGGGACAUGUCCAAUUCUGUCUGUGCAUCCCACUCGAGGACUGGUAGAUGAGAAGUUUCAGAUUGUCGUAAUGAGUUUGUUGCCAAAUCAAGAGGUGACGCUUCAUUCUAUACAUCUGUCAGAAGACAAGGACUUCUGGGAGGCGUUUGGACACUAUAAGAGUGAUGAACAUGGAACAGUGACAGUGGCCAAAGAUGAAAGUUUAGGAGGCACUUAUGAAGGAACGGAACCAAUGGGGUUGCUGUGGAGCAUGAGACCUGUGCCAGGAAGUCGAAGUGGACUCCGGUUGCGGAAGAGGGACAUCCUCACACCGAUCGUAGUUCACAUUUCAGUAUAUGAUGGGUACCUAAAUCAAGGUUUCAACCAGAAAACAGCACUGGCAACCAUUGUCACAGAGCGCUGGUACAUGGCACCAGGUGUGCAGAGGGUGGACAUCAGGGAGAAUGGAGUACGUGGAACAUUAUUCCUGCCUCCAGGCCCAGGACCGUACCCCGGAGUUCUGGACCUGUGGGGAGGAGGUGGAGGUUUGGUCGAGUAUCGUUCUGCACUGCUUGCAUCUCAUGGCUUUGCAUCACUUGCACUAGAGUAUCUCGCCCCAGAUGAGCUGAAAACGACGGAUGUUGACUCCACUUACUUUGAGGAAGCAUACCAGAUCCUGCAGAAUAAUCCAAAGGUACAGAGGAAUCGUCUGGCCAUGCUUGGGUUGUCAUUUGGAAGUGCAAUCACACUCACUAUGGUGGCCUACUCUAAAGUCAUCAAGCCACAGUGCUGUGUGUGCAUUAGUGGGAGUCACGUGGUUCCUGUUGAUAAAUCCCUCUUUGAAGUCUUUGAGGUGAUUAAAAAGAAUAUGAGUAAGAUACGUGUGAAUGAGGACAACCAUGUCAUCCAGAGAGACCUAAUCUUGCCCAUUCCCUCAGACCCGACGCUCAAAAUUGACGUUGGGAGAAUAAAGUGUCCAGUUUUGUUGGUGAACGCUGGUGAUGAUCAAAACUGGCCUACAGUGGAGUCUGCUGAAGAUAUGGAGAUGAUGAUGGAGAUAGCAGGAAAUCGGCACUUGUUGGAGGUCCUGACAUAUCCUGGUGCGGGUCAUCUAAUCGAACCUCCUUACACACCUCACUUCCGUUCCACUAACUUCAUCCUGCAAGAAAUUAAAAAAAAAGUUGUCAUGCUGUGGGGUGGACAGACUAAACCGCAUGCAUAUGCACAAGAGGACGCAUGGGAGAAGAUUUUAUCAUUUCUACAGAAACACCUCUAUUUCAGUUCAAACUCUGCUGUAAAGGCCAAACUCUAGUUGUGUCAUUACAAUUGUCAUAUGAGUUCAACUUUAUUACAAGUGUCUUUAAAUGCAACAUUAAUAUUGAUCGUGUUUAUGAGCACUUUGGAUAUGUUGCUACUUCUCACUUUGGUGUUUAUAGAGAAUGGACAAUAAGCAUUACUUUUUAUGUAAUACCUUUUGUAAUAGAAUGUAAGGAUAGUAGAAUACAUUGAACUGAUUAUGCAUUUAAUUUUGUAUGUGAAUUUACUGAAUCCUUAUUUCUUAGUCAUGAGAACAGUAACGAAAGGCCUUACAAACAUAGUUGAAGUUUGUUGGUCAAGAUACCAAAUACUUUUUCAAGGAUACAGGUAUUUUGUACUUUUUUUAAAAACUAGUGCCAAAUGGAAUAGUUUUAACUGCAAAUGUUAUAAAAUGGAUUAAACAGGUUUUUCAUAAAUCUGGAACGUAAUUGUGAAGGCCAGUAAUUCAUAUGAAUGCUGCAUAAUUUAAACAAGGAAAAGUGUUUGUGCAGUUGACCUGAAAUCAAUCAAAUUUGUAGUAAUUAUUUUAAUGAUUUUGUAAUAUAAUACAUUUAUUAACAGUUUUGUUUUUCUUUCCACAUUUUGUCUCUAUUAGAUCUUAUGAUCAAAUUAAUUGUUGGAAUUUUGAACAAUAAAACUGAAGAGGGCACCAUAAAGGAGACAUUUACAGUUAUUGGACUAUUGUUUAAAAGUCUGACAGACUUGAUGAAGCAACAAAGAAAUGAGGCUUAAAUGAACGUUUGUGCUACUUCUAACGGGGAGUUCAAAUUGUAAUAGUAAUUUUUCAUGUUAUUAAUGUCCUGACUAUACACUGUGAUCAGUUGAAUGCCACUUUGGUGAAUAAAAGUACCAAUUUCUUUCCAUAAGAGCAAAAU